AAUCCUGUUAGUAAUCAGUUUACAAUUUUGUUUUCAGAAAUCAGUGUUAAUUGAGUGAAAUAUAACUAUUAACUUUAUUUAAAAUAGGUGAUAUUAGCACAUGUAACAACAAAAAGAUAGUCAGUAGCGCCACCAAUACAAAAAGGUGGUUGACAUAUUAGAAGAGUGCAACAAAAACGCAUUUUUCAUCUGCGUGAGUUGGCAGCAGCCCGUAAAGUGCGUGUUGCAAAUACAUAGGUACAUGCCGCUUUAUGGAUCGAUAUUCGGAAUACGAAUAAAAAGAACAAGCAGCUACCCUUAUUUUUCGCAGAUUUUUUCACCAGUACAUCAGUUGGGUUGGAGGCUUUCGUAAAUAAGCAGAUUUAGUAGAUAAUUGUGUUGAAUUCGUGCUGCGUGCCCUUACAAAAUGUCCUAUCGUUUGAAAGCAACGAAAUGUCCCACAGACGAAUUGUCGGUGACCAACAAGGCCAUCGUGAAUAUCAACGAUUUUCCUGAAGAUGUUAAGUAUGCCGACAUAUCACCUGGCCCAGGUCAACAUUACAUAUUCGCACUCAAACACACCAACGAAGUGGCUCGGGGUCAUGUGGGAUUUUCGCUGGUGCAACGAAAGUGGGCUACACUCUCCAUUAAUCAGGAUAUUGAAGUGCGCCAAUAUCGUUUUGAUGCCAACUCCGAUGUCAUAACACUCGUCUCCUUCGAGACAGACUUUUUGCAGAAGAAAAUCACUUCUCAAGAGCCCUACGACUCCGAUCAAAUGGCUAAGGAGUUUUUGAUGCAGUUUGCUGGCAUGCCAUUGACAGUUGGUCAGACUUUGGUUUUUGAUUUUCAAGGCAAAAAGCUACUAGGACUCGCAGUUAAAACUUUAGAAGCCGUUGAUCCGAAGUCUCUCGGCGAGGGCAAGGAAACUAGCACCAAAAAUGUACGUUUCGGCCGCAUACUCGGCAACACAAUCGUACAAUUUGAGAAAGCAGAGAAUUCAUCGCUGAACUUGCAAGGCAAAUCAAAGGGAAAAAUUGUGCGUCAGUCUAUCAUCAACCCAGAUUGGGAUUUCGGCAAGAUGGGAAUCGGUGGCUUAGAUAAGGAAUUCAAUGCCAUCUUCCGGCGAGCGUUUGCAUCGCGUGUUUUCCCACCCGAGCUUGUGGAGCAGCUGGGCUGCAAACACGUAAAAGGCAUACUACUUUAUGGCCCACCUGGUACUGGAAAAACAUUGAUGGCCCGCCAAAUUGGUACGAUGUUGAAUGCGCGCGAACCGAAAAUUGUCAAUGGCCCACAGAUUUUAGACAAAUAUGUAGGCGAAUCCGAAGCAAAUAUACGCCGUCUUUUUGCGGAGGCUGAGGAGGAAGAAAAAAGGCUCGGCCCAAACAGUGGUUUGCAUAUUAUAAUUUUCGACGAAAUCGAUGCUAUUUGCAAGGCGCGUGGCUCAGUCGCUGGCAAUAGUGGUGUGCAUGACACAGUGGUCAAUCAGUUGCUAGCCAAAAUCGACGGUGUAGAACAACUAAACAACAUACUGGUUAUUGGAAUGACCAAUCGACGUGAUAUGAUCGACGAGGCUUUGUUGCGACCCGGUCGUUUGGAGGUGCAAAUGGAAAUCAGCCUGCCGAACGAGGAAGGUCGUGUGCAAAUUUUGAAUAUACACACCAAGCGUAUGCGUGAGUUCAACAAGAUUGCCGGCGACGUCGAUAGCAAGGAAAUCGCUGCCUUGACCAAGAACUUCAGCGGUGCUGAGUUGGAGGGUUUAGUGCGUGCAGCACAAUCCACUGCUAUGAAUCGUUUAAUCAAAGCCGAUGCAAAGGUGCACGUCGAUCCGCAAGCAAUGGAGAAGUUAAAGGUUACACGCGGAGAUUUCAUGCAUGCGCUGGAGAAUGACAUUAAACCGGCUUUUGGUACAGCUCAGGAAAUUUUGGAUAAUAUGCUUUCACGGGGCAUCAUCAACUGGGGUCAGCCUGUUGCUAGUUUACUUGAAGAUGGUAUGCUGUAUGUGCAACAGUCGAAGGCAACCGAAAGUUCGGGUUUGGUUUCAGUACUCAUUGAAGGCGCACCUAACUCUGGAAAAUCUGCGUUGGCCGCUAAAUUAGCUAAAAUGUCCGAUUUUCCAUUCGUUAAAGUUUGCUCGCCAGAGGAUAUGGUCGGCUAUACCGAAUCGGCUAAAUGCUUGCAUAUUCGAAAAAUAUUCGAUGAUGCCUACCGUUCCACUCUGAGCUGCAUUGUAGUGGACAACGUUGAACGUUUGUUGGACUAUGGUUCCAUUGGGCCGCGUUAUUCGAAUUUGACAUUACAAGCGUUGUUGGUGUUGCUGAAGAAACAGCCGCCAAAGGGACGCAAAUUGCUCAUCUUGGUCACAUCAAGCAGACGUGCCGUUUUGGAGGAAAUGGAAAUGUUGACCGCCUUUACAUCCAUUUUACACGUACCAAAUCUAUCGAGUGCCGAGCAUGUCGUAGCCGUGCUUGAGCACGCAGAGAUAUUCAGCAAGGGCGAAUUGCAGGCUAUUGGCAAAAAGAUGUCGGGCAAAAGAGUUUUCAUUGGCAUCAAAACAUUGCUCGGUCUCAUUGAUAUGGCGAGACAAACAGAACCACAGCACCGAGCCAUCAAAUUCCUCUCAAAAAUGGAGGAAGAAAAUUUCUUAGGCAUGGGUCACAAAGAACAGUAACUAUUCCGUAGAGAAUUCAAUAUGUCUUUAGUGGAGCUUAAAGACGUUUUCUGAAUAUAAGGACAAAAAAUUAACAUAAAGGAUUAAAAAAUAAAUAUAAAUUAACAAAAUA